UCAUCUAGCGACAUUUAGCGACUUUUCAAACUGGCUUUAGCUACUUUCCAUCGAAAGAAGUUGGCAACACUGGACGCGCGUAACUCUAGCUGUGGGCUCAACGGAACUGUUGGCAGCCGCGCUGAAAAUAUUACUAUAUCGUAUAUUAUAAAUAUAAAAACUCAUACUAAGGCCAUUUUGACAACAUGUCUUGGAUUUUGGGUUCAAGAGAAAUAUCACUAAUCGAAAACACUGGUUUCCGUGGUACAAUUCCAUAUAACUUAGCCUAUUGAUUUACAAAGAGGGAUACUUGACACUAAAGCACUGUUUUGAGAGGCGAAACGCCAGCGAAAUUAAAGUUUGACGUCGUUAAUUACAAACACGAGAUUAAUAAUUUAUAAUCACUUUAAUUUAAUGACAGACCUAAGCUGAAUUUAAGACCAAUGCUGUUUUCAACUAACGAACAAGCUUACAUACAUUUCCUUUAUGAAGUGGUGACGUCCUGGCUUUGCAAAUGCAUAUAGUUUGGAAGAAUGUUAAUCCAAACAUCGCGAGAUUCUCUUGCUCCCUGUAUUUGGCGCGCUGUGUUCUUGCGCUCGUGCAGUGUCAUGAACUGCGCAGACUCGGAUCACUGCUGCUGGUUCAGUGGCUUGCGUUUUGUUUACCAAAUUAUGUCGCACUCGCAAUGAUUUAUAAUAAUAAUUAGUUGUUAUAAAGUCAAGUCCUGCCGAGUCAUGAAGGUCAAGUCAAGUCAAGUCUCAAGUCACUGGAUCUCAAGUCCAAAUCCUGAGCACUGGAGACUGCUGGACAGGUUCACAGAAGCAGCGUCAUAAAAGGGAAUGGGUCGUUCCUGCUAAACGGUUUACAGAAAAUGUAGACUACAGUCAUCUGGCCUAUGUCGGCAAGAUCCGAUCAGACAAUGAUGAGACCAUGAUGCUGCACUACACUCUGAGGGGACCAGGAGCCAACCAGCCACCUGUUGGUUACUUUGCAGUAGACACAUACAAAGGACUGGUUCGCAUUACACGGCCUCUGGAUCGCGAGGAGAGACAAAACUACACCCUUAUUGGCACUGCAUGGUAUGCAAACAACACCAUAGCUGAAGAUAAUGUUAAAAUCAACAUUAUUGUGGAGGACCAGAAUGAUAAUCCGCCAGUUUUCAUCAAGCCAGAACGAAGCAGCAUUUACGAGGGGAGCCCAGUUGGUACCUUUGUAACACAAGUUGUGGCCAAAGACGCAGAUGAGCCAAACACUCUUCACACUAAGAUAGCAUAUAGCUUGAUCAAGCAAGAGCCAAACAAUGGGACGCUUUUCUUUGCUGUUCAUAAAGACAGUGGAACAAUCUCUGUGAAAAACCCAACACUUGACAGAGAGGUACACAGGUCUUUUGUUCUUACGGUGCAAGCUGCUGACAUGUAUGGAAGUCCCGAAGGAAAUUCUGCUACAGCUACUGUAUUUAUAGAUAUCCUGGAUGUCAAUGACAAUAUUCCUAUUUUGGAGAAGGAUGAGUUUUCAGCAAGUAUUGAUGAGAAUGAGGCACCUAUUGAGGUUUUGACGAUCCAGGCAUUGGAUAACGAUGAAGAGAGGACAGACAAUUGGUUGGCCGAGGUUAUAAUAGUCUCUGGGAACGAGGAUGGACGUUUCUCUAUUGAAACUGAUCCGAAGACAAAUAUGGGUGUUUUGUACCUGAACAAGCCUGUUGACUUUGAGUCAGCAUCUGAUAUGAACCUGAAGCUAGUUGUUGCAAACAAAGCUCGUCCAGGAGCACCUCUAGGGAGUGGAGCAGGAGCAGCAGGUGGUGGAGCUGGAGCUUCUGGAGCAGGUGGUGGUGCUGGAGCUUCUGGAGCAGGUGGUGGAGCUGGAGCUUCUGGAGCAGGUGGUGGAGCUGGAGCUUCUGGAGCAGGUGGUGGAGCAGGCGGUCAGCCUGUGUUUUUUGGAGGAAGUGCGUCCAAUCAAAAGACAUACUCAGUGAAGAUAAGUGUCAAAAACAAACCAGAAGGCCCAAAGUUCAAGCCAAAGCUCAAGCCUAUAUCUGUAUCUGAAAACACCAAAAAUUAUUUUCCAAGAGUAAUUGACACCUACACUGCUAUAGAAGAAGACACAGACAAAACAGCAGAAAAAGUCAAAUAUGCAAAGGGAUAUGAUCCUGACAACUGGAUUUCUAUUGACAAGGACACGGCUGAGAUAAAAUUGAACAAGGUACCAGAUCGUGAGUCUCCUUUUGUGGUAAAUGGGACCUACUAUGCCAAGAUCCUCUGCAUUACAGAUGAACUGCCCUCUCAGACGUCUACAGGGACUAUAGCUUUGCAGGUGGAGGACCUGAAUGAUAACUGCCCCAAACUCCUUAAUAAUGUGCAGACUGUCUGCAGUGAUACCAGAGUGGUCAAUGUCACAGCAGAAGAUGAAGAUUCAGAUCCCAACGGAGCUCCACUAGAGUUCAGAUUGAUACAAGAGAAGACAAUGGGCAAGUGGAACCUGCAGCAAAUAAAUGAUGUAAGUGCUUCACUGCUUGCUGAAGAUGACUUAUGGCCUGGUUUUUAUGAAGUUACCAUGGAGAUCAGAGACAAGCAAGGACUGGCCUGCCCUGAUGAGCAAGUCCUCCGUUUAGAGGUUUGCACUUGCUCUGAAGGAACGUUUUGUGUUUCAAAAGUGGCGGCCGUACACACUACAUCAGCCAGUUUUGGAGCAGCAGGAAUUAGUUUCCUAAUUCUAGGAUUCGUCUGCCUAAUCUUGGCGCUCGUUGCCAUAGUAAAAUGUGACUUUGGGAAUCAUGGAAAAAAAUUUAUUGAUAUGCCAUUUGAAACCAAGCAACAUCUGAUCUCCUACUGCACAGAAGGAAAAGGAAUAGACGGGGAUGGUCUUCUGAUGGGAAUCCUACCAGAAGUCCACAAUGAAGGCAGCAAUGAAAUAAAAUUAUCCAAAGAACCUUUAGGAAUGGUGGAAGAUAAGUCUAAUCUCACAGUGGAUGAAAUUCAGGUCCCCUGGUCAAACCAGGCUGUAAACAGUUCUAAAAUGGUAGGAAUGAUGCAGAAGAGUGCAUUUGGAGGCUUUUACUAUGACACGAACAUGGAAAACUCUGCAAGGUGGCAAGAAGAACAAGACUCGCUUGACGCAUUCCUAGAAAAAUACCUUGCACAUAAAUCCACGUAUAUAUCGGAGAAUGAUUCUCCAAAGCAAGGACCGAAGCACUAUGAUUAUGAGGGUGAAGGAUCCGUUGCCAGUUCAAUUGGGAGCUUCAUCGAGUCUAAUGAUGAUCUGGAGUUCUUGAACAACCUGGGUUCAAAGUUCAACACCUUGGCUGAGGUGUGUGGAUUCGGACAGACUGACCCAAAAGUUAUUGCUAAUCCUGUCGAGACAACACCAAACGCAGCUGUAUCUUCAAGUCAUGUGACCAACAUCAUCUUGCCCAGUCCUGAGGAGAUAACCGUUAAAUCACCACUUGUCCAACCUGCACCUAAUCAGGGGAUUGUCAUACAGGAGCCUAUGUACUAUGGAUUCAACCAGCCAAUGGCAAGCAAUGGUUUGCUGUCAGAGGAUGGGCUUGGGCAAGGAAUGUACAUACUUAAUGGAACUCAAGAAGCUGAUAGAAUUCUGACUCAAGGUAACAGCCAUACACUUGCAUAUUUAGGUAGUGGACAACAGGCUGUUCUAGCAAACAACAUCAUUGGUGAUUCAGUCUUGUACUCACAAAUUGGACCUCAAAGUCCAGUCAUGAUUGCUGAAGGUUUAGGUGAAUUUAAUCCUACUGUAAUUCAGAACUUUUCACCAACUCCAAACCUUGUAAUGAUGCCACAGCAACAACUAGAUGGAAUUGGUUCGCUACAGAUGUUGACCGUACCUGUGGAAUCGAUUGUAUCAGGAGAGAACGGACAGGGUAGAGUAACUAUUAUAGAUGGUUCAGCAAACGAAGGUAAAGUAUUCGCUGGAGGUCUAGGUCCAAGUUAUCGUCCCAUGAGCCCUCAACUACUUUACCCAGUAAGUUCUCAAGAGUUUAGUGGAAUGGUACAUAUGAACCAAACAGUAGUUGAUGGCUCCCUUUCCAGUGCACAGAAUGAAGGGACAGUAACAACUGUAGAAAGUCCUGUCAUUGGAAGCAAUGUAUUGAUUAGAGGCCGAGGAACUCCAAACCUAGUGACAGUGCCUCAAAUGGCAUAUGAUCAGGUAAACAGCCAGCUAUUAAUAAAUGGUCCUUACCAGAGUGCUUCAAAAGAAGGUGGAGAGAGUAGACUACCGGUUAGUGGUCAUUCUAUUCUAGAGGCUCCUAUUAGUGGAGGUAAUUUACUGGUUGCAGGCCCAGGUCAGUAUCCUGUGUCUAUGACCGCAGGAACUCCAAAUCUAGCGAGACUGCCUCAAGUUGCAGCUGGACAGGUAUUAGUAAAUGGUCUCUUGCCAAGUGUUCAGAACAUUGUAUCAGGGAAAGGUGGACAGAGUAGACCAUUGGUUAGUGGUCCCACAGUUCUAGAGGGUUCAAGUCAGCUUCCACUUGCCAUGAGUCCAGGAGUACUUAGUCCAGUGGAACUUCCUCAGGCAACAAACAGACAGUUAUUCCGUUCUACAGCAUCCAGAGUUCUGACUUCAUUGGUUAUGAUGCCAAAAUCCGAAAGACUUGCAACAAAUGGGAAGCUGAACGUUGAGCAGUGAUCUAAUUUUUGGUCUAGUGUCAUUAAUACCUCAUUAAUUCUCAGGGUGGGAUUGUUCGCAGAGAAGCACAGAAACUAUUUUAAACAUUAGAUGAAUUAAAAGUAUUCAGUGUUAAAAUGACAAUGUAAUAGUAAUAGACAAUGUAAUGACAAUGUAAUAAGUGUGUAUGAGCAUUUUUAAAAAUGGUAUAAUUUUCAAUAUUUACUUGGCCUGGGUGGUCUGAACCUAUUUCAAGGCCAAUAUUGUUAAACAUGUUGCAUUUUGUUUUACAUCUUAAAUCUACAGAUAAGAUUUCAAAGAAAAAGUUAACACAUUAGACGGACAUUUUAUAGGGCAAUAAAUAACGUGAUUAACCAUACAUAAUUUAACAACAACUCAAAAUAAUAAUAAAAAAAAAAUAACUACAACUUAUAUGUAUACUCUGAUUAUGUAGCAUUUAAAUUAAUUAUAAAGCUUUUAUUUCUGUAAAUCCUGUAAUCAAAUUUUAUUAUAUUUAAUAUAAACAAUGUGAUUGAUUAUUAUUAGUCAGUUCAGUCACAUGAUUACAUGGACUUCCAUUAUAUUUGCAUUACUGUGAACAGUAGGGAGGAGUCAAUGUUAUGUCCUGUGGAAUUCAUACUACUGUAUUUUAAAUUUCUUUCAGUAUUUUAAAAUGUGGUUUCUCUUGGGAUUUUUGUCAUUGGCGAAGGUACGACUGUGAUUUAAUACUCUGUGAUUAAAAACGGUUAAGUUAAUUUUAAGUUGUUUGUAAGAUGGUCAUUCUGUGUUUUUAAAACAAUGUUGUCUUGUGUGUGGUAAUAAUAUUUUUUCAGUAGUUUCAAAGACUAAAAGUUACAUGUGGUGUUUUACUCUUUAAGCCAUUUCAUGAACAGAAUGUUGGGACUAAAGAGCAGUCCUGAUGUUUUGUGAUUCACACCAUCUAGUGGUAUGAAACGCUAUUGAUGUUUUUACCACACUGGGGUGUGUUUCCCAAAAGCAACUAUGGUCGCAAGUUCCGUCGUUACCAACAGAGUUCAAUGGAACUAGCGACCGUAGUUAGCCAACAAUGCUUUUUGGAACCGCACCCCUGGUCAGGUGUUUCCUUAUUGUUUAUGUUUUGCUUGGAGCGGACUGCAUUUCGGUGAGAGGUGUAGCACAUGAACUUGUUGCACAGGUGAAUUCUCUAAGUUCUUUAAAGUGUUGCCAGUCUAUUUAGUGGAACUGAAAAAUAUUUGAACACAAAAUAUCAAACCAAGUGCCAAUUGAUUGAAUGAAAUAUUGCUUUUCAGGCAAAACAACUCACAAAAAGUGGUUUGUCCGAUUUCAAAUGAUAAAACAAUACUCAAUACUGAAGUACUGUGACACUUUGUGUAUUUCAAACAUUUGUGAACAUGCUGAUAGGUAAUGUGAUUCUCUACACCUCUGGCUCCUUUAAUAGGACAUCUUGUGAACUUUAGGAGAACUGACUUCAUGCACCCAUUAAA